AUGGACGCCGAGUGGCUAUAUUUAUUGCUAGCAUUGGCGGCACUCCUCGCCGCGAUCUUUUCUCGUUGGUAUUUCUCCUCGCACAGGCCACUCAGGGACCAAUUGAGGUCUCUGAGAGUAUUCGGGCGGUCCGAGGAUCAAGUACAAAUUGCAAAUCUGGAACGCGAACGCGAUGCGCAAUACGGCCGUGUGCGGAAACUGGAGCGAGAACUCGAUCAGGAACGUGGAAGGACUCAAACGCUGGAGCAUCUUCUCGACGGGGAACGCGGUAGAAAACGCGCACUGGUGCUGAUUCUCCUUGGCGAACGCUUCGCAAACCGGGCACAGAUGCGACAAGCCAACGAGGACCGCGCGCAACUCCAGCACCUGACCGAGAAUGGACGAGAUGAAGACCAGGAGAAGAUCAGGAUUCUUCGGAAGAAAGUGAAGAAUGUGACGGAGAUGUGGAUUUCGGCGAAGCUGUCCCGGGAUGGCCUCCGCAGCGACCUUGAUGGUCUCGUAGAGUCAGGCGCGAUUCGACGUGAAGGAGAUACGUACACCGCUGAUACGAGCGCGAUGUUCCUUCCAAAACACCACGAGAUAUAUCCAGCCCACGCCGUACCCUUGAAUCGUUACAAUGACGAUCAAUGCGCCAUUUGUCUCGACGACAUCAUUGCGGAGGACUCAUCGCACGUGCCACUGCCUUGUGGCCAUCAAUUCCACAAGACUCACAUCCAGCAGUGGUUUGGGGCGUCGUUCACGUGCCCGACCUGCCAUACCGAGUUCCGCUGGCUCAUGGCGAUGAAACCACCCAUGCCGUCAGCGCUGGGACGAGUAGAGGUAUCGGAGGGUGGAGCCGUGGUGACAUGA